AUGUCAGUUCAAGAGUUGUUCGUGGACGGGGAGAGAUUGACCGGCAGAUCUGCAAGAAGCAGAAACCUGUCGGCAGUCAUGAACAUUGCAAAUGCUGUGCAGUCCUCGUAUGGGCCAAGUGGCUUAGAUAAGAUGAUAGUUAGUAAAAUUGGGGAUGUCUCAAUUACAAACGACGGAGCAACUAUUUUGUCCUCUCUGCAGAGCACAGACUCAGCAGGCAGAAUUCUGAUAGACCUGGCAGUGCAGCAGGAUAUAGAGGUGGGAGACGGAACAACAAGUGUUGUUCUUUUGGCAGCCGCCUUGAUCGAGUAUGGGAUGUCUUUGGUGGAGGAGGGCGUGCACCCAACGACUGUGGUCUCUGGGUACAAAACGGCCUUCAAGCACUCUCUUGGGUUUAUCAGAAAUACGCUUGAAAAGAAAAUAAAACACGUAGGACAUGCAGACCUGCUGAAAAUAUGCGAAAGCACUAUAUCCAGCAAGGUGAUCAGAUGCAGCAGCGGGCUGUUCAGUAAGCUAAUGGUAGAUGCAGUGCAGGCAGUUAAAAAGACUGAACUGGACAAGAGCAUAUCCUACCCAAUUGAGGAAAUUAACAUUCUUAAGAAGCAGGGAAGAUCAAUGGAUGAAAGCAUCUUUGUCUCUGGGUAUGCAAUUAACUGCGUGCCCAGCAGCAACCUCAUGCCCACAAGAGUGAACAAAGCACGAAUUGUCUGCCUGGACAUGGACUUGCAGCAGAUGAAGAUGGGGCUUUCUGUGAAAAUAGCAGCAAACACGCCUGAUGACCUGGAGAAGAUCCGGGAGAAGGAAAUAACAGCCUCCCACGAUAAAAUACGCAAGUUGCUCAAGAACGGUGUAAAUGUUAUUUUCACCACUAAGGGAAUUAGCGACGGGUGCACAAAGCUUCUCAUUGAGGCAGGUGCCUUGGGUAUUCGAAGAUGCAAGAAGGAAGACCUUCAGCGCAUUGCAGCCACAACAGGAACACAGGUAUACGCGUCCUUUGAAGAUGUUUCAGGUGAAGAGUUUGUUCCAAUCAUAGGAACAGCUGACAGCGUGCACAUUGAAGUGCUGGGUGAAGAAAGAUGCACUGUCAUAAGUACGUCCAAGGGCAUUGGGGCUUCAAUUAUCCUUCGUGGUGCCAACGAGCAGAUUCUUGAUGAAAUGGAAAGAAGUGUGCACGAUGGUCUGUGUGCUCUGAAGAGGACCCUGGAGAGCAAGUCUGUGGUUGUAGGGGGCGGGGCCUUUGAGGCAGCCCUGGGUGUAUACAUCUCAAACUUUGGCUUGUCCUUUGGGACAAACGAGCAGGCGGCAGUUCAGAAAUUUGGAGAGGCCCUUCUGCGCAUCCCAAAAACCCUUUUGGUGAAUGCUGGCCUUGACACAAACGCAGUCUUUGCACAGCUUCUGGCAGAGCAUGAUAAAUGCAACUGGGACAUGGGCUUGGACCUGGAGAAAGGCACUGUUGUGGAUAACUUUAAGAAGGGCGUCAUUGAGCCGCUAGACACAAAGCUAAAGGCACUCCGGGCAGCCACAGAAGCUGCAAUAAGCAUCCUCCGAAUCGACGAGGUUAUUGUGCUUGGAGAAGAAGAGACCCCCAAGAAGUAA